AUGGCAUUUGCUCCGGGUUCAGGAGGAGGAGGAGGUAGAGCUCCUCAAGGGCAGCAGCAAGCUCAAAUUCUGAUGACAGCAAACAUGCCGCCAGAAGCCUACCUCCGGUUGACAGUGAGUUUUUUGCAGUUUAUCACAUCUAAAUGAGUUCAUCGGAAAAACGGUUUGCUAAACGGCAGCGUGAAGAUUUCUAUCUAGAUAGGAGGAUUUCUUAUCGUGGUCUACAUCCUUUUGCAACAAAUUUAUUUGUCUCUAUUUCUCACUCGGUGUACGCCGAAAAUCGUAGAACGUGUUGGAACAAACGGAUAUUUUAACACUCGACCGUAGGUUGACCAGAACUAUGUGUACAAAUAUAUAAAACACUGCGUGACCUUUUCGCAAACCUAUAAACCCCGUACGGCGCGCGCCCUCCGUUCGUUCUUUGAUUAUCAUCAGCACUUCCUUGACAGACUUUUGAAGACAUCCAAAAUCAUCACUCUCUCAUCUUUGGCCAUUUGAAAGGCGGCAGAAACAUGGAAACAUUAAGGGCAAUGUAGGCGAGUCUGGAAUCUUGAAGCAUCAGCCUAAAUGUGUCUCUCUUUUUGUCUUCCCAUCGCUUUUCUGAUCUUCACUCUAACACCCACUUUUCGUGUAAGCCGCGGUGUCUAAUUUCACAUGCAAAUAAACAGUUGGCAUGGACUCGAGCCCUACAAGGACCUCCUUGAUGUCUGUCACGCUGCUUUUGUCCGCAGUCUUUUUUCGAAUAUCGGAUUUCUACGAGAAAAUAGUACAAACGACGUUUUUUGUUCUCCCUCUUUCUCCCGAGAAAGCCCCAGUCUUGUUCACACAUUGGGAAAGAGUUCUCACGUACUUAAUUUGUUUGUUUCGUAGAGCGAAAGACGACAUUGUCUGUUUGGCAGAAAAUGUUUAGUUUACAUAGUUUAUGACAUGGACCGGACCAUUCGACAUAAGAGACUCGAUAGAACAUCUGUUUUUUGAGAUCAAAAUUUCUAAUUGAAACCAGAUUGAGGAUAGAAUUGCUCUGUCUGUAAAAAGCUAUAGUAUUUUCCUCAUGAGUCACAAAAAUUAACUAAUGUCGGAAACAAACAAUAUUUCCGUUGAUUCCUUUUUCGGCCAGUGACCAAUGUUUCCGAUUCCAAUUCUGGCGGCGCGGUGAUUCAGAAUGUCGCGAUUGUCGAUUGCAAAACAAAACUUGAUCAUCAAAUGAAAAAAAAAGAGACAGCAGGUAUUGCCCUUUUUGUUUUUCGACGUCGUCAUCGUUCUUUCCGUCCGUUCACUCCUCCGCCUUCUGAUAUCAUUCCAUUUGGAUACAGUUCCCACAGGUUGUCGUGAAAAAGAGAGAAUGUUUUCGUCUUUUUCAUCUUUCCUUUCCGUCUUUCGCGUCUCCAGUCCUUCGCCAAACCACAUAAUGAUCACGUGAAUCUACAUUUCUUUUCCAUUUUCUUUCUCUCCCCCCCACUUUUUUUCCACCACUUGCUGAUGUUUAAUCAAAGCUGUUUGUGUGCCUCUUCCCUCUUUUCUCUUUUCGAAUGUCCUUUUUCUCGCUCUCUUAAGCUCUUCUCCCUUCCAUUCCAAUGUGCGUGAGAGUGAGAGAGAAAGAAGGAAAAGAAGAAGAAGAGAAGGAGUGCCUCUGCUCACAUAUCACUUGGUCCGUUAGUGUCAUGGGACCCCGGGGGGGCAUUGCGUCGGCGCCCCAGCUUUUCGAGUGUCUUUCAAAAUCUUGUGGCCCAAGGACCGCCCUUUCUGGUCCCGCAGAGUGUGCUCGGCUGGAGAAGAGCAGCGCUAGUGAUUUCUGAACACAUUUUGCAACCAUUUGGGCGCUUUUUUUGAGAGUGCUUGAUGAAUGACAGAGUAAUCUAGACAUAAUGGAUUCUGAAAAGAGCGGAAAAGCUCAUAAACGUAUCAAGGGGGAAUUUCUUGAAGGACCUGUUGAAGUAGAUCUCAAAUAGGAAAAGUACUCCAUUUUUUCAUUAUCCUCGACUUUGCGAGCUGAAGCAAUUAUUCUAAAAGCACACGUCCAUUCAUCUUGACGCUUGGUUAUUCUAGUGGUUCUUUCGUGACCAACCAUCUUUUGUUCGAAGCUCAAAGUACAAGAUCAUCUCUUUGAAAAAUGUCAGUUUUCUGAUCUUCGCAAAAAUCGAUUUUUGAACGCUGCCAGCAAGUAGUUCCAUUCCUCCUUCAACGAGACCGUUUCGUCUUUUCUUUUACUUUUUUGCCCGCCUGACAGUGCCCAGCGAGUCAUUGAUCAUGGCGCCAACAGCCGGUCUGAUGAUGACAACACAUUGAAAAAGGCAGUGUGGCAGAGACUAAUGUGUCUCGCACACCACCACCACACAUAUCCGUCUUUCGAAAACAGCGGGGGGAACAACUACUGAAAGUUUCGAAACUGUAUUCAUACGUGACGUAAUUGUGUGAUGACGUAUACUUUUUCGGAGACUAUAUUUAUCGCCACUUCCGACUCCAUCAGACCGGGCGCGCGGUCAACUCUAAUCGGUGAUAAGGCAUUAUCCGAGAAUGAACGAUCUGACGUUGAUAUGUGAAUGUCCGAGCGUAUUUGGCAACACAGAAGGAGAAGACAACGCUGAUUGAGAGAUAUUAUCACAUCUAUUUUUCGCCCAUCUUUUAUGACCACAAGAUAUUUUCAUCUUCACAGCGCGAACUAGACGUGAGAUAAAUCAAAAAAGAUUUGAUUGAAACAAGUGGCGUGGCUGACUGAUGCGAUGCCCGUGAGAAAUGUACUUUGUUCCUAUGGCGAUUAUAAUCCAUGCUUCUUGUCAGUGUUUUUAGAAUUGAAGUCUAUUCCGAUCAACCGAUCAGUUCACGUGAAUAUCAUUUGCUUCUCUCUUCCUUUCUCUCUCUUAUCUAUUCGAUGAACUCAACAGAUGAAUUUAGGUGUUCUAAACGCUCAUGCAAUGAGCCAGCAAGCAGUGGGAAUAUCAAACUUUCAGCAAGUACAGCGUGACCAGAUCAAUCAGCAGAGACUACUUCAAGCACAGCUGCAGACAAAUGGACCGGGAAGCGUGCAGCAGGCUGUUCAGCAACAACAACAGCAACAAGCUCAGCAGCAAGCUCAGCAGCAAGCCCAGCAGCAACAGGCACAGCAAGCACAACAACAGCAGCAGAGCCAGCAGCAAAUGCAGAUCACGCCGCAGAUACUCCAGCAACUGAUGGCGACGCCUCAAGGAAAUCAGAUUGUGCAAAUGCUAUUCUUGCAACAAAUGCAGCAACAAGCAGCUCAACAGCAGCCGCAGCAGAAUCAAAAUGUCCAGCAGCAACCGCAACUUUCCUUGGCGCAGCAGAUUGCACAACAGCAAGCAGCACAGCAGCAGGCUCAACUACAGGCUCAACAGCAAGCUCAUCAACAGGCUCAGCAGCAGGCUCAGCAGCAGGCUCAGCAAGUGCAAGCUCAGUUGCAACAACAACUCACGCCACAGGUAAACCAUGACCAUACGCUUAAUAAAUCUAACUUUUAACGGGGGGGGGGGGUCAUAAUAAGAUAUAUCCUAAAUCUAACUUUUUUUUUGCAGCAAUUUGCCCAACUUCUGCAGCUGCAAGAGCAACAGCGGUUGCAACAACAGCAACAGCUACAGCAACAACAGCAACAGCAACAACUCCAACAACAGCAACUACAGCAGGUUCUACAGGUAAGCACGAAUCUCUGAUAGUCCUCGACUUCAACUCAUUAUUACAGAUCUCACAAGUACAACAAGCUCAACAGGCCCAACAGGCUCAACAAUCUCAGCAAACACCUCAACAGCAGCUGCAGCAUCAACUUCAGCAAGUUCAACUCCAACAGCUUCAACAGCAGCAGCAAUCACAGCUGCGGGAAAUUCAACAGCAGCAGCACCAGUUGCAGCAACAGCAACACUUGCACCACUUGAUGCAGCAGCAACAAAUGCAGCGAUUCCAAGUUCAACGUCCUUCCGUGGCUCCCACCCCUCAGCCAAUUUCUUCCACGCCACAACUGGCAGAUCAGCUGGCACAAACCAUGCAAGCUCAACUCCAGCAGCAGUUGCAACUCCAACAACAACAACAACAACAACAGCAGCAGCAGCAGCAGCAGCAACAUGCUCAACUGUUGAAACAACAAGCCUUCCAACAGCAAAGAGAGCAGCAGCAACGUGAACAACUGCAACGUGAGCAGAAAGAACGGGAACUGAAAGCGCAGCGGGAGAGGGAACAACGAGAGCGGGAAGAACGAGCAAGAAGGGAGCAGCGAGAGGUUUCUGAAAUGCGUGAGCCAGUGCAGCCAAAUCAAAAUCCGUCGCUGGCUCAAGCGCUGCAAAUCAUCCAGUCGAUAAAUAUGCAAGGACAGAUGGAACGAAUGGAACAGCAGAAUUCUAGCGGUGAGCUCAUUUCCUUCUUCUUUUACUUGUUGUUUCCAUCCCACUAUCACGCUUUCCACUCUGUGUCAUUUCCCUAUUUGUUUUCCCAUUCCAUUUCCACCACACCACACCACAACCACACCACAACUUCUCCGUAUGUCAAAUAAAGCGCUUAGCAAUUCAGAGAGAAUUAGUUGGAAAAUGCAUGUUAGACACUAAACUAUUUCGUGUGUGAAAUGAUUCAGAGAAUGAAUAAACAACAAUAAUAAUAAUAUUAAUUCUUCUUCAACUUCUUCUACUUCUCCUACUUCUUCUCAUUCUCCUACUUCUUCUACAUCUUCCCUCUCCUCUUUUUUGCAUCACCUUCUAACCAUUGGUUGUUCAUCAUGCUUACCCAAUCUUUUCCCGUUCAGCCGAGUCGCAAGAGGAGAAGCUGGCUAAACUCUUGAGUGAGCAGCAGCAGCAAAUGCUGCAAAACCAAGCUCGAGAGGUACAACACCGACAAUUGCUGAUCUCUUCGACACCAAUACCAAGAGGUGGAAUCACAAUGGGCACUCCAAUCAGCAUAGCCAGACGGGAGGAAUCUGUGGCAUCGGCACCGUCGGCUCCGAUUCCAGUUCGUACUCCUGUUGCUACUCAACCUCAAAAACAAAACUCUAACCCUUCUAUCAUACCAUCGACUUCAUCCAGCCACCCCAUUGGGGUAACGACGUUAAAAUCGACGGAGCAACCUUCCUCGUCGAAGGCCGCUUCUGGAAACGAGUCAAUGUCGGACCACAUCAGCCGCAUCAUCUCUGAGAACGAAGUGAUUCUUCAAGGAGACCCGGUGAGUGGCGAGUCCAUUUCAUUUAUGGGGUUUUUUUUUCACACCUUUGAAGUUUGAAGAAAGCUGAGCAAAAAACUCCCUCAUCCGUUUUCCCAAUUUGUCGUUUUGUUCGACGUCUCGAAUCUGUCCAUUUCCAGGUGAUUCGCAAAAAGCGCCCAUACCAUCGCCAAAUAGGUGCGCAAUCCUCGGUCGAUCACGACAGUAAUAGUGGUGGUGAGUUGUGGUGUGGUUGAGUUUCUUGAAGCAUCGCUCCAUUACCCUUGUCCUCUCCCCCCAAAGUCACCUUCUAUUACUCCCCGUUUCUGCUAUACCGUCUUUUUGCAUGCCUGUUCGUCUGCACGUGUCCAUUCAAUAUGAAAACAAUGCAUAUAAAUAUUAUAUAAAUAUAUAUAUAUAUAUAUAUCAGUCGAUAUUGUGAUUGUCGGUUUGUCUAUAAUCGUCCCACUUAUUGCAGGUUCAACUCGAACGUCUCCGGGACCCAAAGACAAUCGUAUGCUGCAAGCGGCCAGUAGAAGUCAGAGUUUGUUUGAACUGAGUGGAAACAAGAACUUCAUGGGUAGUCUGACAAGUGGUCAGCCGUUACUCCGUCCAAUAAUUCCACACAAUGACCCUAACUACACCCCGGAAUGCGUUUACUGCAAACUCACAUUCCCGAAUGAGGCUGGACUCCAAGCUCACGAACUGGUGUGCGGAAAGAAAAAGGAAGUGGAGAAGGUAGUGUUGUUGUUUUCGAUUUUUCAAAAAAAAUCAUUGGGUGUUUCAGGUGCGAGCUGAAAGAGCAUUGGCUGGACAUGGACAUUCGGAAACCAAUCCCCACAGUGCUCUCAAAAGACGUCACACUCAUCAGGACGCAACUCUGACUCUGCAGUCGCCGAUUCCAUCAACGUCGAGCAUGCCAGGUCCAUCGGAGCCGGCUCUAAAAUUUCGAAAAGUUUGUGCUUGAAGUGUUUCAUGGUCAUAUUUAUUGUUUUCCAGGAUGAACCGGAACCGACUGUGAGCUCAUCGUCUAUUGUUGCUUCGUUGAUGUCGAAUUUUCCCAAAACUCUUCCCAGAGAAUGGGAAAAUAACCUAUCAUCUCUUGCCGGACUCGCAUCUCUGAUUCCAAACUACGUAAGAGAUUCGCCUGUUGUACAUAUAAUUAUCAAUGAUUUUCAGCUGCAAGCCUUUCUCUCGAAAUUGUGUCAGCAAGGCUUGAAGAAGCUGUCCGACGGACUUUUACGCUACAUAUCUGAGACCUACAACAUUCCGCAGAUAGCGUUGACCCAAUUCAUUCAUUUCGCUUCUUUACUCGAGUAUGCGCAACUGGAAGAGAUGACGAUCGAACUGGAAAAGUGCUACAUUAGACGAUGCGAAGAUUAUAAUGCUAUUGUUAGUGAUUAGAAAUUCCUAAAUCAAAUUGGAAAAGAGUUAACGUUAUUGUUUUCAGGUUCAACCACAUCCACUUCACACACUUGACCUCGAGGGAAUCAUGAAGCAGCAGGAGAUGUUGCUGAAAGGAGAAUGUCCCGAACUGCUUGUUUCGUGCCAUGCUAUGCUUGAAUACCUUGCCCAGAAGCGAGAGAUCUCACCGCCCAACAAGAAUUCAGUCAACAUCAGGGUGCUCAGUGCAAACGGCAGAGAUAUAGUGGAUGCCGUACUAGAGCCUCAUCUCGAUCUUGAUGGAAUCAAUCUUCAUUUCAUGGUUAUCAUGAAGCAGUUGACUCAGAUGAAAGAGAUGAGCGAACAGUUGAUGACCAACUUGGAGGAGACUGAUACGCCGCUUCAUCAGAUAAUUCGGGAACAGGUCACCGCGCUCAAUUUCCUACUGACACAAGUUGGGCUCGUUCAUUUGACUUCAGUUGCCAAAAUCGCUGAGAUCAAGGGGAUUGGAACCUACACCAUUUACAAGGAGCCAAGACCCACCGAUAAUGGACCUUCCGCGCCUCCAACUCACGAAGAAGAGCCGCAAAGUUCAAAUGGGAUUACUGUGGAGGAAGAGGAUGAGGAUGUUCAAGUGGAAGUAGUGGAUGAGGAACAUGUGAAAGAACCGAUUGUUCCAAUUGUUGCUACUCCGACUGCAACGACUGCCGAGAACACUCCGACUGCUCACCAGAGUACUUCUGCAGUAGAGGGAACGUCGAUUCCAACUGAGAAUGGUGAGGAGAAUUUGGAGAGACAGCCCAUAGAGGAUGGGGUUGCAGUCAAAAAGGAAAAUGGCAUUUUUGGAUCAAACUUUCCUGCCCUGACGGGAAACACUGAUAAACCAUACUGGUUAGUGAUCGAGGAUAAUAUCGGAGGACGGCCGACGUUCAUGGCUACUGGUGGAAUGUCGUCAAAACGGAAUCGCGAUAGGAACAUCACUUCCGAGACUUACGUUACGGCGACUCGCUUGCAGCCCUCAUUUGCCGUACAGGACGGUUCACUUUCCAUGUACGCAAACUGGGCACUGCCUGUGCACAACGACGCCGAGACCAAAAUGAACCUCUCUUUCAUGGGUAUGGUAUCAUUGAAAAAUCGAACGGGCCAGCACAAGUUUUGGAAGUAUACCACCGCCAACAAAGACCUUGGACAUUACCGGAUGACUCAUUCCUCUUUCUGGGAUAUCAGCACUAAAAUCCGUGAUCGUCAAGCGUCGUUGAGCGAGGAAAAACCUCUGGAAGAAACGUCGGAGUAUGAUGCUCAAUUAAUUGAUAAGCUUGUCCGCGGGGGCUAUACACCGGCGAAUGAUGAAUUUAAACCGAGUGCUCUUCAUAAUCCGGUUCUUAUGGCUCCUGGAGAAACAAUGGUCGCUGCAGGUCCAAGCACGUCCGAGCCGACUCUACUGAUGCGAUCGCCACGUCCUGCCACGCCGAUGGUCAUCAAAACCGAGGAGCCGGAUGAGGAUAUGGAAGACGAGUAAGCGAACAUUUCCAGCAGAAUAGCAAUUUAUACGAUAAAUAUUCAUUUCAGGCUCGAAGAAAAAGUGCCCGUCGGAAUGUUGAUUGAUGAGAAACCAAUAAUCAAAAAAGAAGAACCAUUAGAUGCGAGGUAAUAAGAGCUUGUCUUGAUCCUCACUUAACCAAUGAUUUUUUGCUAUCCGGAAAAUUGCUCCUCUUAAUAAAACUGACAUAUUUGUUGAGCUCAAUCAAGUUUUGGCGAAAAACGUUUGAUAGUCGUUAGUCGUUGCUUUUCUAAAUGAUCUCACUCACUCAUUACUAGAGUAAGUUCUCAUUUGUGAUUGAAUACUUCUCCUCUUUUGUCGUCUUUUCCUUGUGAGCUCCUAACGUCUUUCUAUUCAAGUCUGUUUCUAUAUAUUCGUCAGUUUCUAAUCUCAUGUAUGUGUCUUUUCAGAUCAUCUGUUAAACGCAGAGAUGAAAUCCCGCGCAUUGUCAGAAAAGACCGGCCGAAAUAUGUGAAACAAGUGUGCCGUCCAAGACACGAGCAAAUAAUUGGCGGUCACCGAACAGAUGAGGUGCACACCAAACCGAAAAGGUCACUCAUUUUUUCGAUAAUUUCUACAGGUCUAUGUGUAUGUGCGUGGUCGUGGACGUGGAAGAUAUAUUUGUGACCGAUGUGGGAUACGAUGCAAGAAGCCAAGCAUGCUGAAGAAGCAUAUCAAGUACGACGAGUGUGCGAGAGAGCGAGCGAGACUGCCGACCAAGCCACCACAAAAAAUAUUAUCCGAUUUUGAUUUACAAACAAGCGGAAAGGUCUCAUAGGAGCAUGUUUCUUCCUUACAGGUCGCACACCGACGUUCGCGCCUUCAACUGUACUGCAUGCAACUUCUCGUUCAAGACCAAAGGCAAUCUGACGAAGCAUUUGAGCUCGAAAGCUCACCUGAGGCGUCUGGCCAACAGUAAGUGGUCUCACACUACAUAGCCCUCGUUCUUCCUCACCAUAUAUUUUGUGCGGUCUGUCUUAGUGUUCGAUUGUCUGAUUUUAGUCGGUUCAACUUUAGUUUCUUCCUCCAAUUUUUUAAAUUCACCCUCCGUCAGUUCAUUAUUGAGUCAGAGACAAAGGCAAAUGCCAUAGCUCUCAAAUAAUACAUUUCUUUUUAGUAUGGGACAGUAACGAGAUUGCUAAUGAAUAACGGAUGACUUCCUUCCUUUUUCUAAUGUCCUUUUUAUUGCAGUCCAAGCUGGGAAUGAGAGUGAUGGCACUACUCCUUCCAAUUGUAGUAUGAUGAAUAUGGAUGAAGGAUUCCAUAAAAAUGAACCGCUAUUCGACGACGAUAACAAGUAUGUCCGAUGCCUCAAUAGGGUGAGAAAUGGAAUUCACUUUUUCAGCACAUCGGACGAGGACGAUGACGAUCACCUUCACGCGAUGCAAGUGGAGCAUAAGUUCAAGUUCGGACAAGAGCACAUUCUCUUCGAGCGUAUGGCUCACACUCCGCCGACUCGUUGGACUCUGGUUAACGCAAAGGACGAUGAGCACUACUGGCCAACUCCGGACCGUCGUAAUUGCAUGUCUGCCCCGCCGGUGGCCAUGCAACGAGACCCUGAUGAUAGAGGUUAGUGAUAGUUAUCUAGUAAAUAGAAAAAAAAUUAUGUUGUUCUGUUCAGCUUUGUCGCCCGGUUCCGGAACUUCGUCUCCACUUUCAAGUCAACGUAUAAUGACUCCUUUCGCGCCACUACCAUCAACAUCUCAAAAUGUCGUCCUCCCCGAGCCGCAACAAUUCGGUCAGCCGUCUAGCAGUCUUUUUAAUAGGGAAUCUUCCCCUCCUAUCUCUCAAGUAUGACGAAUUCUUUCAUCAUAAAGCUCUGCAUUGUCACUUUUCAGAUUUAUCCUCCCGUUCAAAUAGUAAUGCCUAACUCUCAUCUUCCAACAAGCAGCGUACCGAUUCCCGAUUUCAAUUAUUUGCAAAGAGAUGAGGCUCUGAAGUGCGAUCAGUGUGACCGGACAUUUCGAAAAAUCUCCGAUUUGACGCUCCACCAACACACGCACAACAUUGAGAAGCAGCAGAGCAAGAACCGAAUGUAUCAGUGCCUCGAGUGCAAACUCCCGCUCCGCACCAAAGCUAUGCUCGCCAAGCAUAUGGAGUCCGCCCACGGCACGAGUGUACGUAGACGGCUCGCCGAAUUAACAUUCAAAGCAUUCAUUAUUCCAGAUGGACGAGUCGGUGACUGCGAGCAUUGAUCCGCUGGCCUCCACACAAUCGGUGCUCGGCGGACCGAUGUCGAAUAAUCCCCGUUCUUUCAUGUGCGCUGAUUGUGAUAUUGGCUUUCGCAAGCACGGAAUUCUGGCCAAACACCUGAGGUUUGUUCUUCAAUCAAUCAAAUUCAAUCAUUCAAAUUUAUCGUUUUUCAGAUCAAAGACUCAUGUAAUGAAGCUGGAAUCACUGCAAAGAUUGCCAGUCGACACGCUGUCCUUGAUCACUAAAAAAGACAACGGUGCCUGCUUGAACGACAUCGACACGUCGGACUGCGAGAAAGCACGCAUCUCUUUGCUCAGUGAGUGUCCGCAUAAUCACACACCAGGUCUCUCGAUGUGAUGUUGUGUUGUGAAAUGUUAUGGGUUAGAAUGCGUACUAUGUAGACUACAUAAUGUAGUCUCAUAAGCGGAAGCAAACGGAAUGCGCUUUUUCCUCCCAAUUACCGGUGUUUUUCGACGAGCCCGCUCGCUUUUCGUCUGCUCAACGUGUCUCUUUGGCUAAUCCUUGUCUGUUUUCAGCUAUUGUCGAGAAGCUCCGCAGCGAGCCCGACCGUGAAGAGACGCUGAGCACGCCAAUCACGCAGAGCGUUGCCUUGACGCCAGAGAUGCUUCGGGUGUUGGCCAACGCUCAGCCGGCACUACCACAAGCGUCGAGCGCGCCAGCACCGCCCCAGUUCCCCCUGGGCGUUGCCUCCGCCGCCGCCACCUCAUCGGUGAGUGCUGUGUUGGCAUCGGGCAGCCAAAGUAACGUGUCUUGCGUUAGCAGCUUCAACAACUCCAAUAUGUCGCCAAUUCCAACGGUGGUUCCGCAGGUGUUAACCACGCCGCCGCCGCUGCCUCCAUUCCAAUCGGACUCGUCCUCACUGCUCUCCAGAAAGAGUCCAACGGAGGUCUCGGAAUGCUCGCACUCGAGCAAUUUGCCCAGAACAAUUCUGCGCAUCUCGGAAGUUCCUCCCAGUCUACCAGUCAAUCAUCCACUUGUGAGCUUUCGCUUCCUUUCCCACAAAUUCCUAACCUCACCUGAAGAAGUGUAGUCGCAAACGAUUCCGCCCAGAUGCUUCUCUUUUUCUCUCUCUCUCUCUCUACCCAGUCCACUGCAUUUUUGUUUGAUAACAAGGAGUUUCGGUUCUGUAUGACGUAUUUAUUUUGGGGAAUCAACCACUAAUCCUGAUCAGUGGUAUCAGGGAAUAUCCAAUGCUUUUCAGCUCAAUGAUUCAUCGUCAGCCACGCUUGCCACUCAAUCUCAUUCCUCAAAUUCAUCAGAUUUUCCGUCAUCAAACACUCUUUCUACCACUGAAUCUAACUAUCGCAAACGGUAAUAAUUAAAGUGAUUCGCCAAUGACGACAAAAAUAAAAUUUUCAGUUCCGACUCCUCGACUUUUAGUUCCAGUCCUGUCAAGAGAGUGGCCGUCUGGAAUCCACCAAAAGCAGACCCUCCUCAGCCCUCCUUCAGCUCAACUCGGUCCCGCAGAAUUGACCCUCCGGAGAUUCCGGUUCGACCACCGAGCAGAAGACCAAAGCCCAUUCCAAACCAAACCGUGUGUACCAUUUGCCAGGAAGAGCAGGCAAACCCAAUUGAACUUCAGGUAGUUCUAGACUUCAAUUAUCAAUAACAUUUCAAGUGUUCAGGUUCAUAUUCACGUUGAUCACUUCAAAAUGAUUGACGGCGCCGAGCUGAGAUGUCCUCGAAGAUUUUGCGGUCUUAACUACAGCUCCGUUGAGAAUCUCCGAAUUCACGUCCGAAACCAUUACGAGAAGGAUCAGAAAAAAUGUGAGCCGAAAAGAUAUCAACGACAUUUAGUGAUAUAAAUGGCAGUGCAUAUAAACAAUAAUUUCAGUGCUCGAUGAAAAGGUGUUGAUGUCUGAAUCCGUAGGCUUUCCGACCGAAAGGCCAAGAUCCGAAACCACAAACCCACCCGUGAAACCCUCCGGCAACAGGUUCAUGUCUCCUUUCAAGCUGAUUUCCGAACAUCACGAAGUAAGACCUAACAAUAAUCAGUGAAAUUAUCUGUGAUUUAUCUAUUCCAGAUCUAUCCAUCCGAUCAACCAGGACCAUCGUCAUCAUCCAACUAA